GGCGCGCGGCGGGGCCCGGGGCGGGCGCCGCGGGGCACCCUGGGAUAGCGGAGGACCCCCGCGCCGGGAGCGGAUCCCGGGUUCCAGAAACCCCCCAGUGUCACCCUCCCUUUUCCCCAUGCCACCCCUGCCCCUGGGCCCCCUGCGGCCCCCGCUGAGGGGGCUGCGGCCUCCCCGGGGGGGCACCCACCCCUUCUCCUCUCGACCGGAUCGCCACGGGGUCCCCGCCCUCCGGCGCAACCGUGAGGAGAAGCAGAAACGGCUCCGGGAGAGGCAGGCGGUCCUAGAGGCUGUGGUGCUGACCAAGGACGAGUUUAUUUCUCAGCAGACUUCAGGGCCGGGUAAGGCCUGGACCCCGAAGGAGAUCGUCUUGUACGAAGUCCCUACAGAGCCGGGGCAAAAGAAGGAUGUCCAAGCCCCGCUGCCCCCGGCCUACAGCCCCCGUUACGUCGAGGCGGCCUGGUACCCGUGGUGGGUCGGCGAGGGCUUCUUCAAACCAGAAUACCAGGCCCAGCUGCCUCAGGCCACGGGAGCCACCUUCUCCAUGUGCAUCCCGCCACCCAACGUCACCGGCUCCCUGCACCUCGGCCACGCGCUCACAGUGGCCAUCCAGGAUGCCGUCGUUCGCUGGCACCGGAUGCGGGGGGACCGGGUGCUCUGGAUCCCAGGUUCGGAUCACGCCGGGAUCGCCACUCAGGCCGUGGUGGAGAAACAGCUGUGGAAGGAACGGGGCGUCCGGAGACACGAGCUGAGCCGGGAGGACUUCCUGAGGGAGGUGUGGAGGUGGAAGGAGGAGAAAGGGGGCGAGAUAUGUGACCAGCUCCGGGCGCUGGGGGCCUCCCUGGACUGGGAUCGAGAAUGCUUCACCAUGGACCCCGGUUCCUCGGCGGCAGUGACCGAAGCCUUCGUCCGUCUGCACCGGUCCGGGCUCCUCUACCGGCAGCGGCGGCUGGUCAGCUGGUCGUGCGCCCUGCGAUCGGCCAUCUCCGACAUCGAGGUGGAGAGCCGCCCCCUGACUGGCCGCACCGUACUCCACCCCCCCGGCUGCCCCCACCCUGUCCCCUUCGGCCUCCUCUUCUCCGUCGCCUUCCCCGUGGAUGGGGACCCUGGCACGGAGGUCGUCGUGGGGACCACUCGGCCAGAGACCCUGCCCGGAGACGUGGCCGUCGCCGUCCACCCCGAUGACCCUCGCUAUGCGGCUCUCCACGGCCGCCGUCUCCUCCACCCGCUGACCGGGCGGACCCUUCCACUCAUCAACGACUCCAGUGUCCAGCCCCAGGUGGGCACCGGGGCGGUAAAGGUGACCCCAGCCCACAGCCACGCCGAUGAGGAGAUGGGAGCCCGACACGGGCUGACCCCGCUGCCGGUCAUCGGGGAGGACGGGACCAUGAGCCCCCAGAGUGGAGACUGGCUACAGGGUCUCCACCGCUUCGAAGCCCGGGAGAAGAUCGUGUCAGCGCUGAAAGAGCGGGGCCUGUUCCGGGGGAUUCGGGACCACCCCAUGGUGCUUCCUCUCUGCAGCCGGUCCGGAGACGUGGUGGAAUAUCUGCUCAAGAGCCAGUGGUUCGUGCGCUGCCGGGAGAUGGGAGAGCGGGCGGCCCAGGCUGUGGCCUCCGGGUCUCUCCGCCUCACCCCCAACUUCCACCAAAAGAAGUGGAACCAGUGGUUUGCCCAUGGAAGCGACUGGUGCAUCUCCCGGCAGCUGUGGUGGGGUCACCAGAUCCCGGCUUAUCGGGUGGUCAGUGAGCAGGGAGACGGUGAAGAAUGCUGGGUCGUUGGCCGCUCGGAGGCCGAAGCCAGAGACGCGGCGGCCGAACUGACCAGGAGCCCGGCAGGGGAGCUGACGCUGGAGAGGGACCCCGACGUCCUGGACACUUGGUUCUCCUCGGCUCUCUUCCCCUUCGCCGCGCUGGGCUGGCCCCGCCAGACCCUCGACCUGGCCCGCUUCUACCCGCUGUCCCUGAUGGAGACAGGCAGUGAUCUUCUUCUCUUCUGGGUGGCCCGAAUGGUCAUGCUAGGGACCCAGCUGACCGGACAGCUGCCCUUCACCGAGGUCCUCCUGCACUCGAUGGUCCGGGACGGACAGGGCAGGAAGAUGAGCAAAUCUCUGGGCAACGUGUUGGACCCCAGGGACGUGAUCCAGGGCACAGAGCUGAAGGUGCUGCAGGACAAGCUGAGAGACGGAAACCUGGAUCCCAAGGAGCUGGACAUCGCGGCCACCGGCCUGAAAAACGAUUUCCCCCAGGGAAUCCCCGAGUGUGGGACAGACGCCCUCAGGUUCACGCUCUGCUCCCACGGAGCCCAGGGUGACGAUGUGAACCUGGCCGUCAGCGAGGUGCUGAGCUGCCGGCAUUUCUGCAACAAGAUCUGGAACGCCGUCCGCUUCGUGCUCAGGGCCCUGGGGGACGGCUUCUGCCCCCUGCCCGCUGAGGAGGUGCUGCCUUCGUCCCCCAUGGACGCCUGGGUCCUGAGCCGCCUGGCGCUCACCGCAGCCGACUGCCAACAGGGCUUCCUGGCCCGCGACCUCCCGACAGUCACCCGCUCCCUGCACGACUUCUGGCUGCACAGUUUCUGCGACGUCUACCUGGAAUCAGUGAAGCCAGAACUGCUGCACUCGCCCCGCGCCCCCGGCCCGCCCCAGACUCUGUUCUCCUGCGCGGACGUCGGCCUGCGGCUCCUGGCUCCGCUCAUGCCCUUUCUGGCCGAGGAGCUGUGGCAGCGACUGCCCGGGCGGGCCGCCCCCAGCGUCACCGUGGCCCCCUACCCCAGCGCCCGCAGCCUGGAGCACUGGCGCCGGCCACAGCUGGAGCAGAACUUCUCCCACGUCCAGGAGGUUGUGCAGGCGCUCAGGGCGCUGCGGGCCACCUACCAGCUCGGGAAAGCCCGGCCCCAAGUGCUGCUGCGAUGCUCAGAGCCCGGAGAGCGCGUGGUCCUGGAGGGCUUCCUGGAGCCGCUGGCCACGCUGGCACAGUGCGGUCCAGUGCGGCUCUUGCCCCCCGAAGCCACGGACCCCCCGGGCUGGGCCCAGGCCCCGCUCGGCUGCCGCUCCUCCGCCUUCGUGGAGCUGCAGGGCCUGGUGGACCCCCACAGCCUGCUCCAGCGCCUGGCCGCCCGCCGCCAGAAGCUUCAGCGGCAACUGGACGCCCUCCCGGCCCAGGCCCCGGCUCCGAGGGAUGGGGAGACUCGCAAGCAACAGAGGGUGUCCUCUCUCCGCACGGAACUCUUCCGACUGGACCAGGCGGCUUCUCACCUCCGGCGGCUGGCAGACGGUUCCCCCGACCCUUCCCUGCGGUGCCCCGAGGCCUGAGCUCCCCUACCCUCCUCCUUGCCUCUUCCCCACUGUCACGGGGGUGGCUGGGGUUCAGCCCGGCCCCUCCACGCCCCUCUGGGGUAAUAAAGUAUCCUCACCACAUCA